AUGUAUAACCGGAACCAACCCACUUAUUCUAAUCGCUAUCAGCCACAACAGCACUCUGUAUCACCACCUCCGUUGCAACAUCCAAUUCCAACUCACCCACCGAUUCAAAUGCGCGAUCCGCCAUCUUCUUCACCUUCGCCACCAACACAACAACAUUUGCAUAAUGCAAUUCAGCAACAUAUGUAUAACGCAAAUAACGCAAAUAACGCAAAUAUAUGGCAUCUAAAUGACGCUACGACACAAAUGGGAAUGGAAUUUGGACGUACAGCGCUGUCUGCUGGAACAGAAUAUAUGGAGAAAAAUAUCAACCGAUAUGUCGAUAUUCCUGCUCUUAAAUAUUAUUUUAAAUAUUAUUUCAAAGUAAACAAUUCAUACGUGGCAAAUAAAAUCCGACUGUUAUUAUUUCCGUGGAGGCAUAAACGAUGGACUCGCAUUGUAAUACGAUCUGAACAAAAUGGUCAAUUGGAAGGAUUUAAACCACCCAGAGAUGAUAUAAAUUCACCAGAUCUAUAUAUACCAGCGAUGGCUCUUGUGACAUAUGUGUUGCUCACAGGAAUAGUCUCUGGAACUCAAGGCAACAAAUUUCAUCCAGAGAUUUUAGGAGUUAAUGCAACUUCUGCGUUUUUUCCUUGUGUUGCUAGAAUUGGUAUUCAUUAA